AUGGGUGCCGCUACCAUCCUCAAGCUUCUCAUAGCGCUUAUUGUUUCAUCAGCUACCGCCUUUGCUCUGCGGCUGAUGCGAGCAUCACGGCGUUCGGCGUCUCUUCCUCCUGGUCCUCCAACACUACCGCUAAUUGGCAACAUACACCAGAUACCCUCCGCUAAGGGAUUCUUAAAGUUUCAAAAAUGGGCAAGGAUUUAUGGCCCGGUUGUUUCCCUGAAGGUCGGCCCGAAAGACCUCAUCAUACUGAAUUCAGCGAGUGCGGUUAGGGACCUAUUUGACAAACGUGGCGCUAUCUAUUCCAGCCGACCCCCGAACUAUAUUGGAACAGAAGUCAUUACGCAGGACAAUACCCAUUUGCUGCUCAUGCCCUAUGGUAAGGAAUGGAGGAACCAGCGAAAGUUAUUCCAGGAGCUGUUAAACAUCAAGGCUGUGGGGUCUCUCCGGCCCUUGCAAGCAGCAGAGUCAACUUUCACUCUCCGUCAACUUAUGCAGUCCCCCCAGGAUUACUAUGAUCACAUUCGCCGGUACUCGACAGCGGUGAUCCUUGCGUCCGUGUUCGGUAUCCGCGGGUCUGAAUUCCACAGUCCAUAUAUUCAGCGCCUGUAUCAUGUCCAGGAUCAAUUCACAGCGAUCUUGGAAACAGGGGCCACUCCUCCGAUCGACGUGUUUCCCUUUUUAAAAUAUAUGCCAGCUUUCUUAGCACCGUGGCGAAAAUGGGCCCAACAGAUCCGGAAAGAGCAGCGGGAGCUUUACUUCGAGCUUCUCCAGAGCGUCAGGAGCACAAAGUCCCGAGGUGUGUCUCAUAAAUGCUUCGUGGAUAUGCUACUUGAAGAGAGUUUCCAACGAAAGUACAGCUUGGAUGACGAACAUAUUGCAUAUAUCGGAGGUGUCCUCAUGGAAGGAGGGUCUGACACAACAGCAUCUGCCUUACUAAGUUUCUUGUUGGCAAUGGCAAGGAAUCCGCGAGUGCUGCGUAAAGCGCAAGCUGCCGUGGACGCCUUAUGCGGGACCGAGAGAUCUCCGACAUUUGACGACAUGGACAACUUGCCCUAUAUCAAGCACUGUGUCACUGAGGUGCUGCGUUGGCGACCGGUCGCAGCAGGCGGCAUUCCACAUGUUCUCACUGAAGAUGACGUGUAUGGGACGUACCAUUUCCCAAAAGGAACAACGUUUUUAGCGAACACGUGGGCUAUCCACCACGAUCCUGAGAAUUAUGAGCAUCCAGAGGCUUUCAUGCCGGAGCGAUUCGAGCAACACGACCUCGGAUUCAAGUCGGGUGCCGCGACCAUCAGCGGUUUAAACCGGACAUACGGGUUUGGGGCAGGAAGACGCGUCUGCCCUGGAUCUCACCUCGCUGAAAACUCUCUUCUUAUCAAUAUCGCCAAGCUCGUCUGGGCGUUCGACAUUACGCCUGGGGCAGACCCAGCUACAGGACGCCAAUUGUCACAUCAAGAGAUAGAUGAUAACGUGGGAAGAGCUUGGACAAAUGGUUUUUUGAUAGCUCCCAAACCAUUCCCAUUGAGCCUCUCCCUACGAUCUGAGAAGCAUGGCGAAGUGAUUGAACGGGAGCACGAAGAGGCCAAUGAAACGUUGGUGAAAUACACCGAUUAA